GGUGCAAGCCCUAUGAGUAUGAAUGUUCGUACAGUGUCAGUGCUCAGCUGUUGCUCUUCAGACUCAAUCAUUAUCUUCCGAUCCUGUUUUAGCUGCGUUUGCAGCUCCGGUUCUGGCCGACGGCCGCAGGAGCAUUUUUAGAACAUAGCGUUGAUUUAUCUCGUCUUCAGUUCUGUAGACUGUACGAAUACUGUACUUGUCGUGUGGAUGUGGUCGUUGAGUCUUGAGUCUGAGCUGCAUGUGCUGAUACUGGCGCUGUGCUAGCUGCACACUGUUCGGAAGUACCUACCACGACUGUGACACACACAGAAGUAAACUGUAAAGGGCUUCUUCGAGAAAGUAGCUUUGGGACACACCGAGAGUGGAGAAGGCGAGCAACAGGAGCCCCCAGUUGAGAGGUAGAGACCAGGAUACCACUACUACCCGUGACUGCUGUGGCGGCGAUAGUGUACUGGCUCUUCGCGCGUCCACCCAGGAAAAUAUCGGUGUCAUUCAAGACUCGCAACGAGAGAGAGAGAGGGCACUUUUGCGAAAACGUUUGUCAUGCGACGCUGAUGAAUCCCGUUGCAAUAGCCAGAAGGGAAGCUUGGAAGAAAGAAGAGAAUAACAUCGGGAGUCCACUGAUUUCAUCUGAUUCAUCAUGGCGGUUCAAGAGAGCAGUGCUGAGCGCGUGCGACGCUUUCAAGCCAAGCUGGGCAGCAGCCUGAAUUAUGUGCUGGCUGCUGCGCAGUCGGGCAAGGGCUUCAAAACGGAGCUGAUGGAGGGCACCUCUGAGUUACUGGAUAACACGCAGCACUUCAUGAACUCAGUCACAACACUGGUGGUCACGUCUGGGAAUGAUGCAGUUGAAUUCCGUGACCAGGUCACCGCCAAGCGAUAUGAACUGUGCGGGCAGCUGGCAGAGCUCAUUCGCAUCUGCGAUCGCAUGAUCCUGUCCGAGGAGUUGCCGUCCACCCAGGAGACGGAGAGCUUCGCGGCGACGAUCACACAACUCGCGGAAGAGCUGAUGAAGGUGAUAGCGCCGCUCAUAGAAAGACGUCUGAGUGGAGGCACAGUUCGCGGCCAGGCAUCUCCACAGCGUGCGGUCCGCGGCGGUAGCCAGCGUGGCAAGUACUACUCGUCCGGAUCGCUGACCAUAAGCAGGUCUGUUGGUCUUGCGAGCUCCGGCGACCUCGCAUCACUACCAAACGACUCGUUCAUGCGUGGUGAUAGCGCAGACUCGGGCAUUGCUCAUAACGGAGAGCAUCAUCCAGCAGCUGGCUACAGUAGUAGCGUGUUUGCGACCAUGCCGAAGUCCAUGGUGAAGAAACGAGCAAAGUUGACUCGCAGACCGUCCGGCGGAAAUCUCUUCGAGGUGAAGCAGGAGACAAAGGCGGAGGUUGUCGUUCCCGGCAACGGCCCCGGUGCUGUGUCUGGGCGUGCUCGGCUGCGUUCAACCAGCCACGGGGAAGGCCCCAAGCCAGCUCCUGCAGCCGCCAAGGGCAUGUCACUGUCGCAGCAGAAGGCACUGUCUCUCUCGUCGCCGCUCCUCAACCAGAUCAAACAGGCCGACGGUGCAGCAGACGGAGAUCCAAAGCAGGGGCUUCAGCGGACAGUGAGCCACACGACGAGCCGCAGUAACGUACUGGAACUUGGAGUUUCCGGACAAAGAAAUCAGCCGAGAGACGGGAGUACAGCAGCGGUUCCUCCGCUACUACCACCGAAAAAGCGCCCACCAACACCAGGCAGCCGGAACAUGGUCAUAUCGGAUAUAUUUGCGAAUGCCACUGCUCCACCCCGUGUUCCACAUCAAUCAACGCAAAUGCGACAACCAGCAUCGCCCGAAGUUCACAAACGAUCACCAAAGUCUAGUCCACAAGUGGCACUUCGGUCCAGUUCUCACAGGCCCGGCACUGUCACAGAGGUGCGAGUGGAGUCUCCCGAGGGCUGGUCUCCGUCCGAGGCCCCAUUGUCCGGCUCACUCUCUUCAACGUCCGGCUCGUUCGUGUUGCAGAGCACCGUCGCCACGUCGGGAUCUCCGUACUCGCAGGGUGGCAGCACUUCCGGGUUCCGCAGCUCCUCCGCCGCCGCAACAGCAGUGCAGGACACGAGCACCGGCAUGGGCGUCGCUGGACCCCCGCCCAAGCCGUACCACCCCACGCUAUCAAGGCCGCACAGUGCCAUGCCGGACCUGGCCAGCGGAGGUGGAGGUGGUAUGGCGGCGCCGCCGGAGAAGCCGCCGCACCCGACUCUGCGCAAGAAUCGAAGCAGCAAGCUCGACGUGAUCUCCGAUUCGCCCCCGCCAGCUAAGCCACCUCGACCACCGACUCUCACCUUCAAUCCCGAUGACCCACCGCCGCUGCCACCAAAGAAGAAAGCGUUGGUUAGUUACUUAGAACAGUUUGGUACAUACCAGAGUCCGACAGAUCAAGACUGGGACGCUGCUCCAAGAAUAAAAUUGGGUGGCCUCAACUCCGCACAGGUUGUCACACCCAGCAAGCUCCUCACGGCACCAGUUCUUGGUCGCAGCGAAUCUGUUCCACCGGUGAUCAGCCGCACUGGACCGAGGACCUACUACAAAGAACCGCUGUGCAAGACGCGUAGCGUCCUCGGCUCGGAGCUGAACAUACCGCCACCUUUGCCGGUGAAGACUCGGAAGGGCUCGGCUUCAGGAGCAAGCGUAAAACGAAGCGGCACAAAUAGGUCCAAUGGAAGUGCACGCAGAGACAUGGCAAUUGCGGAAGAACCGGAAAUAAAGAACGAAGAACGACCCGAGAGCCCUGUUCAGCUUCCGGUGGGCAGCAGUGACUCCGGGGUGCAUACGUCCAGUGAUCAGCUGUAUGAAGACGAUCGUCUCUCACAGUCUUCCAGCCCCGAAGUGUACCAGGAGCGAGACCCGCCAUUGAACCUGUUAUAUUAUUCUGAUGUCGGCUACUAUCUAGUGUUCAACGAAGAUGCUGAAGGACACAGUCUACUCGGUGGACCGGUCGACGCUCUUAUAGCUCACGCCGCAGCCGAUCAGAAGCACGAAUCUGAUCGCCUGUACCACGAAGCCUUCCUGCUGACCUACCGCACGUUUGUUGAGCCGGACGUACUCAUCGAGAAGCUGCUGGAGCGUCACGACACCUUUCUGGAAGACGGCAACGACGUCAUCUGCCACGCAACGCUAAGCUUGCUGCUGCGUGUUGUCGAUGAAAUCAAGGGUAGCAUGGAUAAGAGCAUCACUCAGCGCCUUCUGGACACAGUGUUCCGGUUACUGUGCGACAAUGAACUGAAGCUCGGCCAGCUGCUGCACAACAAGCUUUUUGAAAACUUGAAGGCCAAGGGUCAGAAGAUGAUGCUUGCACGCGAGGCACUGGCUUCAAGCAAAGGGCCACCUCCAGCUGAUUGGAGUAUCGCUCGGUUCAGAAGUCGUCAAGUUGCUCAACAGUUGACACUGAUUGAUUUUGCAUUCUACAAUGCUGUUGAGGUUCACGAGUGUCUGACGUGGUCGGUGCAUCAGUCGGAGGAGCGCUGUCCAACGCUGACGGCUUUCACUGAGCACUUCAACAAUGUCAGCUACUGGGUGCGAACACGACUUCUCGAGUCCGAGAAGAAAAGUGAGCGAGAGAAGGUCAUGUCCAAGUUCAUUAAAGUCAUAGAGCAUUUGCGGGAAAUGAACAACUUCAAUUCCAUGUUUGCACUGCUUGCGGCUAUGGAUUGUGCCGCGGUGAACAGGAUGAAUUGGCCGAAAGAGGCAAUCAAGAGCCUGGAGGAGCCACGCAAGAUCAUUGACAACAUGAACGGCUUCAAGAACUACCGAGAUGGGCUGGCUGCUUCAGGAUCGCCAUGCAUCCCUUACCUGGGUUUGUAUCUGCAAGACUUGACCUUCAUCAACAUCGGCAACACUAACAUGCUCGACGAUAACAAGGACUGUGUCAACUUUGCCAAGCGCUGGCGUCAGUUCAAGGUCAUGUGCAAGAUCAAGCAGUAUCAACAACACGGGUAUGAAAGUACGAAGCGCGACGAGGAUAUCAUUCAGUACUUCAAUGGAUUCAGCAGCCAUCUGGGAGAAGAGGAACUAUGGGAACGCUCUAUGCUGCUGAAGCCCCGAGCUCCGUCUUAACUGUCAGCAUUCAGCGGGACUCUGUAGUUUGCACACGGAUUGGCCCCGCCUCGCCACUGCACAAGUACCACAAGAAAUGUUCUCGUCACACAACACGAAUCACCCAGAACUGCUCAUCCCCGUGCUGAAGGCAUUCUGGCAGAAUGUACCCAGAGGAAUUUAUUUGUUUCUUCAUCCGAAACAUGACAAUUCAAGCUUCUCCUUCGACUCUAGUGUUUGCAGAUCGAUCAAUCAACCGAAUCCAAUGGUCGGGAAAAAACAUGUGUUGAAUUAAAAACCGGUCUUUGAGACAGGCCAUUCAUUACUGCCUGCAAAAAAGUGCAGAGUAGAAAGUUUGAUUAUUGCCACCGAAAUGCUGAACAGUCUGCCUGCAAUUGAUUAUAUUUUGAAGUCUGGCAUAUUAUUUUCUAUAUGAGCGCAUUUGUAUUUCCAAUCUACUACUAUCUUGGCUGCCUGGAUCUGUCGGUUCCGGGCUCUGUGUUCUUAUGUCAUCAUCAUGGAGUAGCGUCUGAAAAAAAUUGCUUGUCGAGAAUACAUAACAAUUUCUAGCCACCGGCCCACUAAUUAACACCAUCUCACGAAUCGCUGUUGAUGUCAACAAGUCAAAGAGUUUAUUUGAGACAUGCACGGAAGCUGUUGGCAUAUCUCUACAUUCUGCUGCUAAACAACACCCUUGGUUGUAGCCAGGUUGCUGCCUGCGUGGAUAUUAUCAUGAGUAUUGGAACAAGCGUGUUGGUACUGUGUCUUGAUGAACUGAGCUCCUUAGUCUGAACGUAUAACUAUGUGCUAUGAUUGUUACGUGCAACUACUGGAUUUCCUGGUGACUA